CCCAAACUACUUCCCAUUGGCCAUAGGCCUUUCGGAGAUGAAAUUUAACGACUUGAAGGAAAGACUGUUGCUGCAGGAGCCACAGAGGCAUUGGUUAUAAGGGCACUUUCAAACUCCUGCUCUGAGCUGGUCAACAGGUAUCAGAGAGAGAAACAAUAGAGCGACAGAUUCUCAGGCUUUCAGAGGACGGAGUCACAGGGAAUUGCAACGCCAUGACUACUAGACUUCACUGGCUCUCAAGAGCCCUCUGCCUGAUAGGCAUACUGUGCACCGUCACUACCACAUAUGUGACAGAAGAUUCUCCCGCCCCCGCUGAGAAAGGAGUCACCUUCAGCCACAUCUAUAAGAUAGACCUGGCCAAGAGCCCUGACUGUAAAUUGGCCUUGCAGACCAUGCCUCACCAGCAGGACCAGGAAUCAGGUCUGCAAGAGCUGGAGGGGGGCCCUACUCUGGAGGGGGACAAGGACAUAGUCUUCAGGCACCAAAUCAACCUCAAGACCCCAAAGUGUGACUGUGAUGAGUCAGAGCGCUUCAAGUCUUUGCUGUACAGAGUCAACGGGCUGGAGGAGGAGGUGGAACACCUGAAGAGUCAGUGCUCCCAGGGCUGCUGUGGUGGCAAAAGUGGUGGAGCAGGAGGUGUGGACACUAGCUGUAGUGGCCACGGGACCUACCAGCACGACACCUGCAGCUGCCAAUGUAACCCUGGCUGGGAAGGCCCAGACUGCUCCAUCUCCACCUGUCCUGAUGAGUGCAACGACCACGGGCGCUGUGUGGAUGGCAAGUGUGUGUGCCUUGCUGGCUACAUGGGGAGGGACUGCAGCCAGAUGAUGUGCCCAGGCGACUGCAACGAUAAGGGACACUGCGUGGACGGGAAGUGUGUGUGCUUCAGCCACUUCACCGGCGAAGACUGCAGUGAACAGAAAUGCAGUCCUGACUGCGUCCACGGCACCUGCGUGAAUGGAAUGUGUAUCUGUGACGAGGGCUUCUUUGGGGAUGAAUGCUCUGCAGUGUUUGGCCCUAACGGCCUGCGUCUGGUCAGGGUGACUGAUGUCUCGCUGCUGGUAGAGUGGCAGGCGGUGAGAGCAGCAGAGUACUACGUCUUGACCUGGCACCCUGAGGGCAACGAGGCAGAGCGGGUCACCGUUCCCAACACAGAGACCUCCUACCUGAUCACCGGUCUUAGGCCGGGGGUCACCUACAUAGUGCAGGUGUAUGCUGUCAUCAAGGAGAUCCAGAGCGAGGGGGACAGGAUAGAGGCGACCACAGUGGUGUCUGGUAUUGAUGGUAUCCGGGUAUUGGGCCAGACUGAGGACUCUAUCCAGGUGGACUGGCAGAACCCUGCAGCACCUCUGGACCACUUCAGACUGACCCAUGCUAACCCUGACGGGCAGGAGGAGGAGCAGAUCGUACCUAUGAGUGCAGAGGCCAGGACCACCAACACCAUCGUAGGACUGCAACCUGGCACUGAGUACCUCAUCACAGUGCAAGGCAUCAAAGGCACCAUCGAGGGGAAAGCCUCCUUCGUCACCGGGGUCACAGAUCUUGACGCUCCUACUAACCUCUCGACCAAAGAAGUGACAGAGGACAGUGCUACUGUGGAAUGGCAGAAGGUACAAGCAGAGAUCGACGGCUACGUGAUCAGCUACAGCUCUGCUGAGGGUUCCAGUGGGGAGAUCCCUGUGGGGGCAGACAGCAGCUCCUACAGGCUGACUGGGCUGAGGCCUGGAGUCAUCUACACAGUCUACAUCUGGACUGUCAAGGGCUCCCAGGUCAGCAGGAAGAGCUCCACAGAAGCUGAGACAGAUCUGGAUGCUCCUGCUAACUUGUUGACCAGAGAAGUGACAGAGGACACAACGACAGUAACAUGGGAAAAAGUCCAGGCUGAAAUCGACGGCUAUGUGAUCAGCUACAGCUCUGCUGAGGGCUCCAGUGGGGAGAUCCCUGUGGGGGCAGACAGCAGCUCCUACAGGCUGACUGGGCUGAGGCCUGGAGUCAUCUACACAGUCUACAUCUGGGCUGUCAAGGGCUCCCGGGUCAGCAGGAAGAGCUCCAUUGUAGCUGAGACAGAUCUGGAUGCUCCUACUAACCUCUUGACCAGAGAAGUGACCGAGGACACAGCCGAUGUGUCGUGGGACAGACCUCUAGCGGACAUCGACGGCUACGUGAUCAGCUACAGCUCUGCUGAGGGCUCCAGUGGGGAGAUCCCUGUGGGGGCAGACAGCAGCUCCUACAGGCUGACUGGGCUGAGGCCUGGAGUCAUCUACACAGUCUACAUCUGGGCUGUCAAGGGCUCCCGGGUCAGCAGGAAGAGCUCCAUUGAAGCUGAGACAGAUCUGGAUGCUCCUACUAACCUCUUGACCAGAGAAGUGACCGAGGACACAGCCGAUGUGUCGUGGGACAGACCUCUAGCGGACAUCGACGGCUACGUGAUCAGCUACAGCUCUGCUGAGGGCUCCAGUGGGGAGAUCCCUGUGGGGGCAGACAGCAGCUCCUACAGGCUGACUGGGCUGAGGCCUGGAGUCAUCUACACAGUCUACAUCUGGGCUGUCAAGGGCUCCCGGGUCAGCAGGAAGAGUUCCACACCAGCUGAGACAGAAAUUGAUUCGCCUAAGAAACUAAAAGCGUCAGAUGUUAAGCUGGAUGCUGCGACCCUGACCUGGACUGCUCCCUUAGCCAGAAUCGAUGGCUACAUCCUCACAUUCAGAGCUGAGGAUGGCACAUUGAAGACUUCGGAGAAGAAGCUGAGGGCAGGAGAGAGCAGGUUUGCCAUGUCAGGCCUGGAGAUGGGAAAGAACUAUAUUGUUACCCUCCUCGCUUACAGAGGAGCAAAGAGGAGCAGAGUGAUAGAGACCACAUUCAAAACAGUGGGUUUAUUGUACCCGUUCCCCAUGGACUGUACUCAGAUUAAGACGAAUGGUAACAUGGCAAGUGGAAUCUACACGAUUUAUAUCAACAGUGAUCGCACCAAGCCCAUGGAAGUGUACUGUGACAUGGACACUGAUGGCGGUGGAUGGGUGGUGUUACAAAGACGCAACAAUGGACAGAUGGACUUCAUGAAGCGCUGGAGACAAUACAUGGCCGGCUUUGGGAACAUGACUGAUGAGUUCUGGCUCGGUCUGGACAAUAUAUAUGAGCUGACCAAUACUCCUACCCAGUAUGAGCUGCGAGUGGACCUGGGUGUGGGUUCAGAGAAGGCCUAUGCUGUCUAUGACAACUUCAAGAUAGCUCCAGCAAAGCAGAAGUUCAAGCUGACCAUCGGCAAAUACAGAGGAACAGCAGGUGAUGCCAUGAACUACCAUCAAGGUCGCCCUUUCUCUACUGUUGACAAUGACAAUGACAUUGCUCUCGGUAACUGCGCACUUACUCAUCGUGGUGCUUGGUGGUACAAGAACUGUCACCUUGCCAACCUGAACGGCAAAUUCGGAGACAACAGACACAGCAUGGGUGUGAACUGGGAGCCAUGGAAAGGCCACCUGAUGUCUCUUGAUUUCACUGAGAUGAAGAUCCGGCCAGUGGGCGCCGCCAGGAAGAGGAGGUCGCUUAGCAGCAGAACAGCUCCUAGAAAAUAGUCCCUCUGAGUAACUAAAAUGUUCAAUGGGAACCUCAUUACAAACCAGGCGGAGUAGCUAGAGCCUCAACUCUAUCACAGGAUUACUGUAUAACUUACCUUCUGUAAAGUAUCACAUGCCUGUUUUUAUUAUGAAUAGGGGUCCCUUUUGUGAUAGCAAAUUCAUCAGGGACCCCCUCAUAAUCAGACCACAACUCGAGUGAGAUAAAAAUAGCAUUCAAGGAGUUUUACUAUGACUUCAGCAGUGCAUGGCCAGACAAACCAAGUCUCAGGCCCUGGGAAGGAAUGUUAAACAUAAUUUAAAAAAUGUAUAUCGUUUGACUUUUUUUUUUUAUCUGGCCACGGACCCCCCGCGGACCCCACUUUAAGAAUCCCUGAGCUAGAUGACCCAAUGACACCAUGUUUUUAGGAUAGUUAUAUCGAUCUUGUUCACAUUCAUAACACAGCAUAGACCCUGACCCUCUCUUCUAAGGUUUGGUCCCCUGCCUACCCAGCCUACUCUGAGUUAGCUAGAUAUCACAUUUCAGAUGUCAUGCAUAGGAAAUAGAAUAGAUGACAUGCUCCUGUGCUUGUAAGAUUGUAUUUUCAAAUGUGUAUUGUAGUUGUUGUAUUAUAUUCAUGCCACACAUUCUCAGAGAAAUAAAGUCCCUUCAAAAAAAGUUGCUUUUUAGCUCUAGCAUCUACAGUAUGCCUGCAGUGAGUGAGAUUGUUUUUUGAAUGGGACAUGGCUUUGCAAAGUGUUUAUCAAAUAGAUGCAUUUGAGAUUAAUCAAGAAAUUUGAUUCAUACUUGAAUGCUACAUGCUCACUCAAAUUCUAAGAAGAGAAACAAAGUGGAAUAAAUUUGAUUUCAUAAGUA